AUCCUAUUAUGAUAAACAUGGAUUUCCCUCAUACUCUGUACUUUCCUUCUUCAAUUGGACCUGUAUAUUUCUCUAUUUUUAGUUCAUCUAAUGGUUACCUGUGUAAUUUUAAGUAAUGUAUUUUCCCUUAGUAUCUCUUGAUCCACAGGAGGGUUUUAAAUCAUCAACUGACAAAACAAGAUUUGCCUUUUUGAAAAAUUACUCUGGAUGUUGCAAGGAGAAAGGAUUGGAGGAGUAAAAAUCUGGAGUCAAGGAGACCAGUUGGAAGGCAAGAAAUGGGCUGAAAUGGCCUGAACCAGGGGCUAGGGGUUGUGAGGCUGGAGAAGCAUUAGACCAGAAUGGCGGACACUUUAGGAGAGGGGCGGAGUACUCGCGGUACUAGCGAGCUGCUGACACCAGCCGCCGCCCUAAGCACCGCCCGCCGCCCUCUCACCCCGCGGCGGCGGCGGCGGCGGCGGAAGCCGGGAGGCGGGCCGGGCCGGGCCGGGCCGGGCCGAGGCGGGGCCGCGAGCGGCAUGGAGGAGGCGGAGGCCCGCGGCUCCCCGGGCCGAGCAAUGAGGGCCGGAGGAGGGCCGGAGCUGUGCCCGGGCUCCCUGAACCGUGAGUGCCUCUGGGCGGGGGUCCGGGAGGAGUGGCGCGGCGGGCCAGCUCUCCCGAAUCCCCGGCAGCCCGAGCCCUGGAAGGCGAAGAGCGGGGCCAGACGGGAGGGGACGAGGACGGAAGGGGGUGGUGGAUUCGGGGAAGCGAUCGCUGCCCUUUGCCUACCCAGGGCUGGAAGGGGCUGA